CAUUCGCUCUGCUCUUCAAACUGUCGACUGUUUCAUUUAUAAGUUCAUGUGUUCUGGUGGAUCCACAGAGUAUGAAACAUUACUGUGUAAGAGAACAAUGGGUGAUUCACGUAUCCUCUUAAUCUCGGUGAUAUUGUCCUUGGCCGUUGCGGACAUCAAAGUGAGUGACUAUGUCUCUUGGAAGAAAGCAGACAUAACGGCCUGGCACCAAUAUUUCCCUAGUCGUGCGCUGCAGGAAGAGAACUUGACUAAUAUCGGCGCAGUAAAUGCUGCACAGAGCGUGGAGCAGGGUCUGGAGGAGAGUCUGCGCAGAGUCGCAUGGUACCAGGCGCAGGAGCUGUCGACUGCGCAGUUGAUGAUGGAGGGGACAAGCGCACAGGGCUGUGUCGAAGGCAUCUCUACUUUCAUGACUAAAGCUAUAGAUAAUGAGGUAUCCUCCUACCAGGAUUGUGCGGCUGACGUUAUACCCAGACUGCGUCGUGCAGCCGCCAAUCUAACAAGGAUAACUACCAACUACCAGAACGCUUACCACAGGGCUCUAACAGGCAUCGACAGCUGCGUCAGGACCUACCCCAACAAGGACUCUCUUAGUAGGCUGAAGACUUGUGUGGAAGCGUGGAACAAGAACUACUUCACUGUGGCAAACAAUACCAGGAGCUACAACGCCUUCGUCAGUCCGGCCAUGACGACCUUCACUACAGCAGCAGAGUGCGCUCAAACUGCUGCAAAAAAUGUGGUCGCCAAGGGAUGGGAGUUCUUGCAGAAGCUAGUGCACUGUGCGAAGCUGAGCGAAAAUAUAGACGCGCAGGCGUAUGAGGAACAGGUGUCCACAGGAUACUCCAACUACUUGACCCAGAACGACCUCACCUCUCAGGUCCAGCUAGCUCAGGCCCUCAACAGCCAACAAGUCAGCCAGAUAGAAGAGAAGAUGUUGUUCUACUACGAUCUGCAGAAGAGAGCCCUGGAGAGUUACGUCAUAGAGUCCAGAGGAUCCGGCCACUACUUGUCUCAAGUUGUCGGUUAUCUCUCCGGAUACUACUCCACCAUCGCGGCCACAUCCAGUGACAACCCGGGCGAGGUUCACUGUUCCACCUCAGCUUACUCGGCUCUUAGUGCCGUUGCAAAUACUGGUUCAUCAGCAGCCUUAGCGUGCGACCGGAAUAUCGUCGAGGACACCAAAUAUCGUCUCUCCAAAGUUAACAACGAAUUUGCCGCAGUGAACAGUCUCUUGCCUGCAACCGGAAAUGUGGCAAUCCUCUCUUGUUUCAGUGAAGGAUAUAUCUUCGCGGAGAAAACCAUCCUUAACUGCUACAAGGUUGCCUCUUCACAUUUCAGUGUAAAUUACAAGGACGUGUACGACAGUGUUGUGAAGGACGUAGCGACACUUCUGGGGUAUGAGAGCAGCUUCUUCGGGAACAAUUCUCUUCCUUGCGGCGACUCUGUACUCAGGAGAGCCUACUCGGAAGCAGAGAAGGUCCUGUACGACCUGCAGCGCUGUCUAUAUAAAGAUUCUGGUACUAAAUACGCCGUCACUACUCCGGCCCCAGUGCCAUCAUAGUUUCUGGAACAAUUGUUGACAACACAUAUGUGUUAAAUUAAAUAGACUUAUGUAAUAAAAACUUCACUUAUUCUA